AUGGAAAUGAAAGAGAUUGCUAAACACAAGACACUGUGGAAAAUGAACUCAACCAGUGAACCUUUAUUAGUUACUGGUGUAGAAGACAAUCCUUUGAAGAAAUUUACCAUUCCCAAGAUCAGGAGGAAAUCUGGGAAAGUUUACUUGUCACCUUGUUUCACCAAUACUAGAGAGUAUAGUUUCAUACAUAAUACUCUUAACCAGUGCCGUCUUGAUGUAAGUUGUGAUCUACAGUCAUCAUGGCAGUUUGGAGAUACAAAACUGGUUCACAAUGAGGAUCUGGAAAAAAAAUUUACUUCUAAGAGGUCAGAGAUGCGUGAGAAUGGAAGACAUGGCAGAGAACUAGAAGAACAUUUCUGCUUUUUAGCACUUCCUAAGAGUGAUGUGACUGAGAUAUAUAAGAAUGGGAUAAGUACCAAAGAUUCUACAUUGAAGAUAUUAGGAAAUCCUCUUCUUGGAAUUUAUAUAUUUAGACAUGUUGAUGUUGCGUUGAAUUAUGCACAUAGUAGAAGCAUUAAUGUAGAAAGUAUUAUAGUUUUUAAGGUUCUCUUUGGAAAAGUGAAGAAAAUUAAGCCUUCAGUGGAUAAAAACAAAGUUUCUUUAGAUCCUUCUCCUAACUUUGAUUGCCAUAUGUCGAGAAAUACACCUUCCCUGAAAGAUAACAUUGAACUACAAGCCUACAGUUCAGCAGUGUACUUCUAUGAAUAUAAUAUUCUUUCGAAUCCAGUAGAUAAACCUAGGCAGUGUCUUCCAUAUGCAAUAGUAACAGUAAAAUUUAUUGGUCAAAAAGUAGGUAAUGGACACCUUAUGACAUCUUUGAGAUUCCUCUCAACAGGAUUUCCUAAGAGAGCUGAAAGAACAUGCUCUCUGAAUAACUGUACUGUGGCCAAAAGAAUUGGAAAAGGAAAAGAUGCUACUGUCAUUUUUGAGCAUUUCAGGAAACCUGUAGAUACAUUUGUUCAGGAAAACUGUUCAUGCAAUGCAUUAAAUUCAGAGAUAAAUUCUUCCAUUUCAGAUAUUUCUAAUUCCAAUGAAAAUGUGGAGAGUGGAAACAUUUCUGUACUUGAAACAUGCAAUGAACAGAUGAAGCACAAUUUAACAGAAUGUAGAGACACUUCUGAAGUACAUGCAUAUGAUUCAGGUCUUUCAUUUAUUCCCAGUGAUACCAGAGAGAGUGUUAAUGGUGACCUCUUCUUAAAUUUGACACAUCUUAAAAAUAUUUUAAGUGGUCUUCCUGCUGCUUUUCCCCAUCAUAACAAUAUUGGCUCAAGCACAGUUAUUACUUCAAAACUUAUCAAAGACCCAAGACUUAUAAGGAGAGAAGAAAGCAUGGAAAAACAUAAUAUUACAGAUUUAAAAGAGACUUCGCCAUUUAAGAAGAGUUUAGAUUUUGCUAAUUCAGAAAUAAACCUAUCUAUGCCAAGUAAUUCUGCCUCCUCAUCUGAAGUCAUGCCUGGUGAUGAUGCCAUGAUUACUGAUUGUUUGGAUGCUCCUUGCUUCAAAAUUUCUUUUGAUGAUUCACAAUUUCAGACUCACAAAGUGGGCUCUAAGAACUGUGAUUAUACAACUCCCAAUACAAUUACCAUUGCAGGUCAAUGUCAGGACCAAGACAACUCCUCCUUCCCAGUGUGUUUGUCAAAUGUAGCUUCAGAAGUUGAGAACCAAAAACAUAGUGAGGAACAAGUCCAGAGAUCCCAACAGAGAAGUAACAUCCCACUUCUAAUUGAAAAAAAUAGUGAGCUGCAUAACUCUUACGAAUCAGUGAAUACUUGUGCCAAAGGGUCUAACAGUCACAUUUCUCAGGAAUCACAGUCUUCUAAUUUAAAAACUACAUGUCAGACUGAUCAUAAAAUGUCUUCAGAUUUUUCGUUUCAAAGGAAAGAAAGCAUACAUGAGUAUAUUCAAAAUAUUGGAAAGGUGAGAAACUUCACUGGCCUAGAAGACAAUUCCAAACAUGUAGAAAAGCAAAAUUUGUGGAAAGAGAUUGGUAAUUGUACUAGUGAAACAAAAAUCAGUCCAAUAUAUAAUUAUGUUUCUUUGCACCAAGCAUACAAAGAGGACGAGAGUCUUGAUUCUUUUGAGAAAAAAUGUGAUCAAAUAUUAAUCACUCAAAAUUUAGAAAUAUCAAAAGCUUCUACAUCUACCACAAAGAAUAAGUAUGAGCUAGGUUAUCUAUCAUUGGAAUUACAAAAUAAUCUUACUCCAAGAGUGGAGAGCCUUUCACAAAAGCAUCCUCAACACUGUUUGGAAAAUGAAGAUAACAUUCAUACCGGUUUUGCCAUUUCUCAGAAACUUAUGGAACUGGAAUUGGAAAAAACAAAUCAAAACUGUAUCAGCAUUAUAACUGAUGCUUUCCAGGAAGCAAAAGACAUUUCUCAUGCCAAAGAACUGUCAAUGGAUAUAGUUAUUUCAUCUCAUGACAUUAAAACAGUACAUGACAAUUCAAAUUGCAUCAUAGCUAGAGAACAUACAUGUGUCCAUAGUAAAAGUACAAGUGAUCCAGUGUCAUUAGAAAACAUUCAAAGAGACUACAAAGAAACUUCUCAAAUUGACCAUAACGGUCAAGAUCAUACUCUGUUCUGUAAUACACAUUUGAGUAAUGAUAUACACCUGAAUGUUGAUUUUAAAGAACAAAGAGAUAAUGAUAAAGAAAACCAAAGCAAGAUUAAAAAGGAAGACAUUGCUUCAUCUACAGAAAACAACAUAGAAAAUAUAUGUGGAGAUGAGAAGCAGGGUUUUCAUACAAACAAAAAUGUUGUUAAUACAGAUGAAAGGCAGGAGAAUAAAAAUUACAAUAAUGUAGAAAUUCUGAGUUCUGAAGAAUUUUCUACAUUUAACUUGACUUGGGGGGACAAAUAUGUAUCAACAGGAACUACAUUAUUGGAAACUGAAGAUACUAUCACUGCCAUAAAACAAAAAGAUACACAAAAUACCAUAAGGAGUGUAGAGAAUUUGGCUUCCAUAUAUCCCAAAAUCUCAAGUUCUUCAAUACAUGUAGCCUCAAAUGCUGCCAUGUGGACAGAUUGUACUAUGGUGCCCACAUUAGACACAAAUCAUGAAAAUCACCAAAGAUACAAGUUUAAAGAAACUUGUUCUUCUGAGAAUCCAGAUUUGGGGUUGUUAGUAAAACAUAGGGUUUCUGAUUGUGAAAUGGGUAUGGAUAAAAACAAAUUACACAACUCAUUUCAUCAAUCAAUAAGUGACAACUUAGUUCUUCAAAAUUUCGAAUUGGAAAGUGAAAUUGAAGUAGAAUUAGAACAGUGUGAUGAUGCUUUUCUAUCUCAACAAUAUACUUUUAGCCAUGGAAGUGAACUGUGUGAAGAAUUUGAGACUCUGAAGUCUCGUAUCGAUUGGGAAGGUCUAUUAGUAAACAAUAAUAGGGAGGAGAAAGUUUUGGAAAGCAACACAGAAAGUGAGCAUAGUGAACAGUCUUUCUCUGAUGAUGAUUCUACAGAAGAAAACGAAUCAGAGUUCUUCCCAAUUUUACUUCCAGAUCUACAAGUUACAGUUACUGAGACACUUAUGCCAGUAUUCAGUUCCACUGUUGAGCCCCUUGCGUUGAAAGAUAAGUUUUGCAAAUAUACAACUGAAGCCACUAAACCAGAAAUAAGUGAGGAGGAGGGGAAAGUUCUGGGAUUUGAAAUGUAUUCCCAGUGUUCUGGUGAAAAUUCAGAUUGCCCAUGUGAAGAUGAAUUUGGUAAUAUGAGGCAAGAAUCAGAACUAGUGAGUAAAUCUGAAAACUCACUUUCUUUUGACUUGAGUCGUAAGACACACAUGAAUCACACGUCUGAAGAACAAAAGAGUGGACCUUUGCUUACUGAACUUUCGAAUGUCACAACAAUAAAUAACAAAAGCAGAGGUUUCCUUACAAAGUCAAAAACUGAUUGUAAUGAUACUAGAAAUAAAAAUGACACAGAAUCAAGAAUUAGCAAAAGAAAGCCACAUACACCUGCUAGGGACCAGAAUGUACUACAUCAUCUAAUUUGUGAGAAGAAGAGGAAGCUGACCAAUCAAGACUCAUCUGAAUGUUUUUCUUCAUUAUCCAAAGGACGAAUUAAAACCUUUUCACAGUCAGAGAAACACAUUAGGAGUGUCCUGGAUAUUCUAAAUAGUGAAGUAUCUUUAUGCAAAAGCAAAUGUCUUUCCAGAAAACUUGACAGAGCUCUUCUUUACUUAAAAAAAGCUCAUAGAAGAGUUAACACAUCUUUGGAGCUUAUAGCUAAAGUGGGAGAAACUUCAAGAAAAGGCCCAUUACCAAAGUCAUAUGCAAUAAUAUGUAAUAAUUUCUGGGAAAUUUGUGACCUUCAAGGUUAUAGUUCUUUUUCUGAAAGAAGAUAUUAUUCCACUAAGCAUUUUUUUCCAAAAAGAAAAUAUGACAAACAAGGAGAGAAAAGAGCUUUGGGAUUUGAAGUUGAUAAAUCAUUAACUCAUGUGUCAAAAUACCAGUCUUAUAGAACAAGUGGAGAGAGAAUCACAAAGUGCUUUUCUAAGAAAAAUGGGGCCAUUAAUAAAUAUGAAAAGCCUGAGAACCAUUUAGCACAUAAUAAAGAUGCAAUAAAAGAAAGUGCUGAGGCUAAUGAAAUAAGUAAAACUAACUCAGUAUCUUUAAGUUGUAUAAAAGAAAACAAUGUAAGUUUUAGCACAGACAAAAAUUAUGAUGCAACUUGUAUAGCUCACACAAAGGUGAAAACUGACAUAGUUAUUUCAGUCUUAGAAUCAAAUGUGAAGCACUUUUUGAAUGUUGAUAACUACAAAUCAGAUAACCUUAUUUUAUCUGGUUUUAAAAGAAACCUGGAAGUAAAUUUUCUAGAAAGAAGGCCAUCUCCUACUGAGAGCUCAAAACCAGGCACUAUUACAGGAAACAUCCUUAUGGACCCAUUAAAUCAAACUAUGAUAAUAAGCAAAAAUUGUAAUAGUAUUCCUCAAUUGUUAUCGACUGAUCCAGUGACAGAUAGUGAGGGAGAAUCUUCAAAAACUUAUAUGGCUAAACAGAGAACUUUUGUUGUCGAUUCUUUGGCAACAUCCACCAAUGUACCACACUGUCAGCAAGAAUGUGGUGGAAAGGAGCUUCUAAAGACAGAACAGUGCUCUCCAAGUUGUUGUGUCCAUAUAAAUGGGUAUGAAACCAAUGUUACUGAGAAUUCUGAGCCGGAUCUCAUAUCAGUAACUGAAGACAGUAAAAGUUAUAGGGAAAAUAUAAUGAAGAGACCUUUUUCCAGUGGUAGUUCUCUGCUCUUAAAAGAUGAUAUAAAGGGUUCUUCCAAAAAAUGUAUUUCAAAGAAAGACAUUCUGGACAGAAAAAUGUGGAAAGUUAAACAAACCGAAAAAGCAGAAGAUUCAGUUCACAAAAAAAGCAUGACUGAAGGAUCAACUGUUAUGAAUGAGUACAGAAGUCAAAAGAAAAUUUUAGAAGAAUCUUCCUAUUUAAGUGAGAAAACAAUUAAAAAUAACUUAAUUGAUUCUCAUCUAAGCAUUAAAAAUACUUCUGAGGCAAUUUCUUUGAAUAACAUAGUUUCUAAUCAGCUUAACAAAAGAGAGAAAGAGGGGGUUAGAAUUAAAGGUGGUAAUGACUCUCAGUUUGACUGUAUGUUGCAACCAGACAGUUUAGGAAUGAAUCAUAUGCCUGUUUUACAUGCUCACUCUGAAACUUCCAAAGUCACUACUCCACAGAAGAAGCCUACAUCAUACAUGAAUAAAUUAAAAGAAAAGCAUUGCUCAGCUAAUCAUUCAGGUCUUACAACUAGGUUAGCUCAAAUUUUGAGGAGGGCAGAUGAAGCAUCAUCUUUGCAGAGCCUACAGGAAGAAACUAAGAUUUGUCAAAGUAUUCUCCCUUUAUUUGUUGAAGCUUUUGAAAGAAAGCAAGAAUGUUCAUUUGAGCAAAUCUUGAUUUCAAGAGAACUGUUGGUAGAAAAAAACCUGUGGAGUAAUUGCAAACACAAAUUAAAACCAUGUGCUGUUGACUCCUUGGUAGAACUCCAAAUGAUGAUGGAAACUAUUCAAUUCAUUGAAAACAAAAAAAGGCUCUUAGUGGGUGAACAGACAUUCCGAAGCUUGCUUUGGUAUGAUGAGACAUUGUACAGUGAGCUGCUUGGCAGGCCGCGUGGAUUUCAGCAACAAUCCAAUUUCUAUCCUGCUUUUCAAGGAAGGCUAAAAUAUAAUGCAUUCUGUGAGUUGCAGAACUAUCACGAUCAAUUAAUUGACUUAUUAGAAGACACCAAAAAGGAAAACAAUUCAUACUAUGCAUUAUUAAAAUGCAAACGACAGAUUAAUGAGUGUGAAGCAAUAUUGAGGCAUUGUUCUGAUUGCUUUGACUUUUCUCUUUCUGUUCCAUUUACCUGUGGAGUUAACUUUGGAGAUAGUUUAGGAGACCUAGAAACCUUAAGAAAAAGUACUUUACAGCUAAUCAGUAUGUAUGGGAACUCUCCUAAAGUUGAUUCUUAUCCAGGAAAACAAGACCAUUUGUGGAUUAUCAUUGAAAUGAUCUCCUCAAAAGUUAAUUUUAUCAAGAACAAUGAAGCAGUAGGUAUUAAUAUAUCUCUUUAUGGUCUGGAACAUAUCUUUUUUGAUGCUGCAAAAAGUCUUGUUUGGAAAGAGAAGAAACAAUCUUUCAGCAAAAAAUACUCAGGACAGAAGAACAAAGAAACACUACUCAAGAUGAAUCAAUAUUCUUUCUCUAAAUUGCAAAAGAUAUAUGAUACAUUGUCUAAAGAUUUAAGCAGUGAACAAAUUUCCAAUAUUGGGCUUGAGGAGAAUAAUAUGGUGGCUUUCAGAAAGUCAGAUGAUCCAAUAAACAAAGCAACAAUUAGCAUAGAAAAGUGUAGGUUUAACAGUACUUUGCUUUCACACCCAGAUAUAUGUUGUAUUGGUGAAAUAUUGGAUCAAGCUGAAUUUGCAGACUUUAAAAAAUUACAGGAACUCACUCUGAGAUGUACUGAUCACUUAGAAAUUUUAAAAAAGUACUUUCAGAUGUUGCAAGAGGAUAAUAGAGAAAAUAUUUUUAUCACAGAAGAAAACGUUUUGGACCUGGUUGGAAACCACAACCAUGAGGCUAUAAUUUUAAAACCUGCAGCCACUGAAACCUAUGUUGAAAUAGCCAUGCUUUCAGAAACAGUUCACUUUCUUAAAAACUCAAUGGCAAAGAAACUAGAUAAACAAAGGUUUCGAGGUAUGCUUUGGUUUGAUUUGUCACUUCUUCCCGAGCUGGUUCACUGCCAAGAAAAAAUGGCUUCUUUUUCAUUUCUUAAAGAUAACUCAACAGAUUGCCUUUGGAAAGUGAUAGAGACUGCUAUUUCUGAAAUUAAGAAAGAUCUGGAAAUUAUCUACAAACACAAUGAAGCUGUUAAUUGCUCGUAUGCUCUUCAUUUGUUCUCAAGAGAACUUCAAGAACUUUCAGAAAUUAAAACACUUCUAAAGAAGGCUAAGUAUUCCAUUUCCACCUAUAUUGACUUUGUGCCAUGUAUAGCAUCCAUAAAUUACGGAAGCACUGUGACAGAGUUAGAAUACAACUACAAUCAAUUUUCUACACUGCUCAAAAAUAUAUUGGCUGCCCCACGGAAAGAUUAUGGGAAAAUGGCCCAUAUUGUGAAAGUCAUGAAAACUAUUGAACAUAUGAAGAUAAUAUGUGCUAAGAAUGCCAAAUUAACCAUUUCCUUCAUCCUGUACCAAAUGCUUCAUAACAGAGAAAAGACUUUCCAACUGAAGAGAAAAGAAAAAAUGAAUGUUCAUGUAAAACCUAGAAAGAAUAUUAGUAAAUCUAGUACUUGUAUGAAGAUAUCCUCAGUUUCAGAGUGCAUAAUGAAAAAUGUUUCAAAUUCUUCUAAAAAACGACCUAUUGCUGUAGACAAAUGUCAAGACUCUCAGGAACAAGAAAAAAAUACUGUUUCCAGGGGUAAAAAACAAAAGGUUAACAUGAAAGAUGUCACAAAAACCAGCAAAGAAAAAGCAGCAUUCAAGCAUCCAAGGACCACAAGAUCUCAUCCCGAAAGUGAAAGUGAAAUAGGACCAAGUUUAUCCAACAAUCAGAAAAGAAAUCAUGGAUCUCCAAAAAAGGUUGAAAUGCAAAGACCUGGCUCACCUCUACUUUUAAAUAACCUAAAAGACACUUGCAUGUUGAAGUUGGAGGGGAAAAUAGAUUUGACUAAUAUUUUAUCUGAUACUUCAGAAGAUAUCACUGGACAACAGGGAAAUGUAAAUAGCAUGAAGAAAAGAGAUGUGAAUUUUUGUGCUGCUGAAACAAAAAGUGAUAAGAAGGAUUGUUUUUCUUUUGUAAUUUGUGACCAAAAAGGUGUAGAUGGCACCUUUUCAAAAGACCAUGAAGCACCUUCACAGAAAUUUCUUAACUCUUUCCCAGGUCCCUCAGACAAACCAGGAACUGAUGCUUCUCUUCUGCCUAAUGCAUCCACGCCUUCAAAGCCUCUUUUCUGUCUUGUGAGCGAUAUCCAUGCCAAUUUAGAAAUGAAUGACAGUGUCUUUGAACUUCAAGAUAAUGAAAUAUUAAAGUCAUCUAUUAAAAAUUCUACAGGCACUAAUUCUCCAGAGCCCAUAUUUAUCCAGAACAAAAUACCUGUUCCACAAAUAAAUGAAACACAAUCUGCCAAAACUGAGUCAAAAGAAAAAUAUAUGAAAGAUACAUUGAAUCCCAGCACUGUACCUGUUGAAACAUCUGAGAACAUAACCCUUAAUGUCAAUCAAACAGCAGAAUAUUCUUUUUCUGAACAACAGAAUAAUGAAAAUUCGAAAGGCCUGCCUCAGAAUGCUGCAACAUAUCGGAAUGAGCUUCCACAGUCUUCAUGUACCCCACUAUAUAAUUCUUCGGAACACUCGUUUGGAACAUUAUAUCCUUCCUAUGCUUGGUGUGUUUAUCAUUACAGCAGCAGCAGUGGCAGUUCCAUCACCCAGACAUACCAUGGCAUAACAUCAUUUGAAGUGCAGCCACUUCCUCCUGAGAUGUUGACUGCAGUUCCAAGUACUGUCCAAAGUACACAUUCUAAUCUUUUGUAUUCUCAGUGUUUUGGCUACAUUGCUGGUGGGCCACAAGCACAUGGCUUUUUGCCAGCAAAUAGGUAUUUUCCAUCUCAAAUGCCUGUUUCUUACAAUGUUCAGCAGCCAGCUUUUUCACAGUAUGCUUCCUAUCAACCAGUACCACAAGGUUACCCUUACCCUCCUGAUUCAGGUGUGCUUCCACAAGUUCCUUGGACUUAUGCUGUUUGUGAUACUAAAGAAGAUAUCUCUGGAAUCAAGUCCAGCUUUGAUUCUCAGAAAUUUUAA